UAUUUGGACCAAUGUACGUUAGUCAGUAAGUUGUUUACAUCCAAAGUAAUAGCACGAAAAGGAUUUAUACAAAAAUUCCAGAAUGCUGCCUAUUCUAUUAUUGUUCAUAGUGAGCACAGCAUCGUCUGAUAAAUGUCCUUAUACUUACGACAAUUUAUCCUACAGUCGCACAGCGGUACUUACAAUCAAAGGCUUGCCUACCAACCUGAUCUACAAUAGAGAUACCAAAGACCUCUUGUUCACGCUAAUCGACCUAGAGUCUCUACAAAAUGACGACGUCCAAACCAAAAUGGAUCAAUACGUGCUCAGAAAUGAAAACCUUAUUAAAAUAGACAAUGUGAAAGGCCAAGCGGCGGCUGUAGAUUAUAAUACCAGCAAAGUCUAUAUAGCCAGUGAUGAGGGGCUGACUGUGCUAAACGAUUCAAAUAAAGCUGAGUACGUUGCAUUAAAAGGAGAAGAUAUAGUUCAACUUUAUAAAACACAACACAACAGAGAUCUGUAUGUUGUUAUGUUUCCUGAUAAUGACGUUUAUACAGUGAAUAUGGACACAAAAGAAAAAAAAAGAGUAGAAAACGUUCCGUGUGCUUAUUUCCUAGCAGUAGACGCUAUGGAUAAUGUGUUUUAUGAAUGUGAUUCAAAGUACGUAAAAGUUUUACUAAAAGAUUUCCAAGAACCUAUAGAGUAUGUUGGUAUAGGUAAGAAUUCUGCUAGAGCUAUUGCAGUUGAUGCUCAGAACAACGUUAUCUUAGCCACUAAUGAUGGAUUGUACUAUUUGAAUCCAUAUAAUAUUAUUCCAAAGAAAUUAAUGAAUUUGGACUUCGUACCAUCAGGACUGGCUUUUGGAGAAAAUAGCUUCUACGUAGCAACUAGUGGUGUUAUUUACAAAUAUGAUUAUGGAAAUUGUAAUGUCCAAGAUUUAUAACAAGUGAAUGUUUUAUUUGAAUGUUAUUAAAUUGUGCUGGAAGAUAGUAUUGUUUACAUACAUUUGAACUUGCGGAUCGUUUUAAAACGCAAAUAUUUAAGAUAAUACUUUUCGAAGCAUUGUCUUUAAUUUUGUAGUACAAUAAAAAUAUGCUUAGUUUUAACAACUUACAUUGUUAAUCAUGUUGUAAUAAUUGAUAUUUGUAAAGAAAAAUAAACAAAAAAUGACUUUUUUACCUCAUGC